AUGAAAAAAAAAGGAAAAAGUAACGACGAUAAAAAGUUAAUAUUAUAUGACAUCAUGCUUGAAAGUGAAUCCUUUUUUAUAUUAAAAGAGUUGGAGGCUCUGGCGCCGAAAAAAGGGAUUCGAUCUAUAUUUGUUAAGGACUUGCUUCAGCAACUUGUUGAUGAUAACAAGGUCAAGUCGGAAAAAGUAGGUUCGCAAAAUGUUUUCUGGGUUUUAAAAACUGAGGAAUCCUCGAACUUGCAGAAUAAACAUCAAGAAUUAAUAGAAAAAAAGGGGGAAUAUGAAGAUAUUAUAAAAAAGGAAAAGGAAGGAUAUGAGGAAUUAGUGAAUGCUCUAAAAAUAUCAGAUGACGAGUUAAGGAGUAAAUUAAAAGAAGUUAAAAAACUAACAGACCAAUUGGAUCAUAAAAAAAAGGAACUCGAAAAUUUAAAAAAAACAGAUAUUAAAGAAAUAGAAAAAAUGAAAGCCCAAAACAAGUGUGCUGUUGAGUCUAUACAGAGAUGGAACAAUAAUAUUUUUAUAGUAAAACAAUGGAUCCAAAAUAGAACUGACAGACCUGAAGAAAUAGUUGACAGAUUACUUGGAAUCAAAGAUAUAUUUCACAAUUGGAACUAA